UCCCGGCUCAAGGACAGGAACACCUGACACCAGCAGCGGCCGGGACACAGCCCCCUCCUCCCCAGGGCACCCUGCAGGUUGACACCACCACCUCCGGCCGUCCUUGGGAGGUCACGGGUCAGAGGACGGAGGUGAGGACCCGGUGGAGGGGGGGAAUGAUCGACCGGACGUCGGGGUCGGACGGGCCGCAGGGAACUCUGGGAGACCAGAUGAGGGGGCGGACGGGGCACCGAGGGAGCCCCCCCUCAGCCGACGGGUGGUCUGGGCUCCCCCCGGAACUGGACACCGCCCAGGAGGAGAGGAAUGGGAACGUCGGGAGCGUCGGAUCCCAGGGAAUGGAGGCGGACCUGGAACUCCCCCUCCUCCGCGCGGAGCUGAGGACGGCGCUGGACAAGUUGUGCAGGGAGCGUCGGAGAGCGGAGCAGGUGCAGAGUGAGAUCACAGCCAUGAACCUCCACUACCAGGCUGAGAAGGAGAAGGAGAGGGACCGUGUGGAGAGGCAGCGGGCAGUGCUGCACGAGGCUCGACAGAGACUCGAGGAGAUGCAGCGGAGGGUGCAGGCGCUUCCCGAAUGCGGCAAGGAGCAGCUGAGGGAGAAGUUGCAAGAGGAGGCCGAGGCCGUGGACGGGGCCCUCAGGGCCUUUGAGGACGUGGAGUUCCAGGCUCUGGAGAGGUUGAGUGGUCUGGAGGAGGAGCGCGAGGCCCAGUCCCAGCGCCUGGUCCUGGAGCAGCUGCAGUGCCAGAGGAGGGUGUCCUCCCGAGAGGAACGGGUGUGGUGUUUGGAGCAGAUGGUGGGACGCGCACGGGAACAGCUGUCAGACGCGGGACAAUAUCUGGAGCCGGAGGCAAACGCCGUCCAGAGCCUGGGGCAGAGCUCUCGGAUGGCGAGGACACCCCCUCGCGAGUUGGGUGCACAGGGAGAUCCCACACUGAGUGUCUUCACCACGGCCAGUCUCUCUGUGACUCAGGGCGUCCUGAAGGAUCCCGUCCUGUACAGGAGCCUCACCGGGAGUUUCCGUCGGAAGAGGCGGGAAUUGUCAGGGAUCCCGGGAUCAGAGAGACCGGAAUCCAUGCAGGCAGAAGGUCUCUCCCUCCCUCCGUUGCACCUCCUCUCCCUCAUCACCCUGCAGCGCAGCAAAAGCUUUGGAACGCCGCACCAAACGAUGUCCGUCUCCCACUCCAACCAACUGCCCACCAUCCCGGGAUCCCCGGAAGAGAGGGAUCCCGCUGCUGAGACCUCUCCCCGUCGGAGGGCUGGUCACACCCGGUGCUCCCGAGCAACCAGCUUCCACGAAGGGUCCCUCAGCCUCCUGGUCGAGAUGGAGAGGAAACUCCGAGCCGCCAUGGCAGAGAAAGAGCGGCUCCUCCGGGCGCGGGAUCAGGAGAGGGGAGGGACGGAGGAGGGCGACCUCACCGCGGACGGUGCCCCCUCAACCGCGGGCCCGGGGCAACGCCAGCAGACCCAGCGAGUACACUGGGCCCCACCCCCGGCUGCUCCCUUUGACCUGCGCUCCCACGUGGAGUCAGCGGGUCACGGGGUGGGGACUUGCCCCCACCUGGAGUUGACCAGCACCACCUGCCGAGGGUCACUCACCAAGGUGGGUCGGCGCAUCCGCACCUGGAGGAAGCGGUGGUUCGUGUUCGACAGUCGCCAGGGCCGCCUGUCCUACUACACAGACCAGAGAGAGACGAAACGCAAGGGGGUGAUCUACUUCCAGGCCAUCGAGGAGGUGUACUUCGACCAUCUGAGGAGCGCCCCCAAGAGUCCAAACCCGCUGCUGACCUUCUGCCUGAAGACCUACGAUCGGCUCUACUACCUGGUCGCCCCGAGCGACGUGGCCUUGCGGAUCUGGAUGGAGGUGAUCUUGACUGCUGUUGAGGGCACCGGUCGUUUCUGAGCAGGACCACCUACCCUACCCUUCCCCUGCCCCCUGGAUGCAUCCUCGCCGAUUCCUCGCCGCUCCCCUCACCCCCCCCAACUUCUCCAGAAAACGUGGAACGCUGGUCUCACAGUGGGGGACGGUUUGGAAAUCCCAGGACCGAUCCCGCUCACCGGAGCAUCCUCGAAGGGGUUCCACUGCCAGCCAAGGGGUUGCUUUUGGCUGCCGGGGUACUGGUGGUAUCAGAGCUGGAACACCCAAAAUGGUGGUGAAGGAGUCAUUGGAUGAGCUGGUGGUCCCAGCACUAGUACACUCAAUAUGGUGGUCCCAGCACUAGUACACUCAAGAUGGAAGCUCAGUGUCAUUGACAAUUAUCGAGCUGGUACACUCAAGAUGGUGGCUACAGAUGUGCUGUGGCAAUUACUGGAGUGGGUACACUCAAGAUGGUAGCAGCACCAGUACACCCAAGAUGGAAGCUGAGUGUCAUUGCAUUUAUCAAGCCAGUACACUUAAGAUGGUGGUUGAGAUGUCACCAAACUGGGUUAAUAACCUCACAGCAACACGUGCAAGUUUUCAAAUGGCUCUCAACUAUUGCAGUUUUGGUGGACGGUAAAUUCUUUCUCAAUGUACCUACCCAGGGUUACUGUCAUCGUCUCUGUGUGAAAGGACAGAGUGUUGAAUGAUGCAAAUCCUCAAAUGUGUGUCAGGGAGGUGGCUGAGGGAGCUGGGGAGGUCCUGUCCUGUAGGAGGGGUCUGGAUGUUUUGUAACAGUGUCGUAAACCAACACAGGAGGAGCUUUGGUGUGGGUCUGACCCCAGGAGUGUGUGACGGGAUGGUGCGCAGGGAGCUUCACCCUGUGUCUGACCCCAGAAGUGUGUGACGGGACGGUGCAGAGGGAGCAUUAAUUGACAUUAUAUGCACUGUACUUGUUCCAGGAAUUGGCAGUGAUUCUCUCCUGCGGGAAUGUACAGGGAUCACGGAUUCCUCAUUCCCGAACUCUCCCAUACAACUGAACUGAAACCUUGGCCGGUAUUCCCAGGAAUUGAUGCCAUCACUGUUGAUAUUAAUAAAUAUUUAUUAAUCUGGAAUACUGUGCACCGUCCGGUGUCCCUCCCUAAGGAAGGACGGACUCCCCACAGAGGGAGGGGGCGGUGAAGUGUCACCGGAUCGAUCCCUGGGAUGGGGGAUUGUCCCGUGAGGAGGGAUUAUGUAGACGGAGGCCGGGACUCUCUGGAGUCUGGGA